GAUAGUGAGCCUCUUGAACGUGUGCUGCGAAGUGAAAGCUGUGAUGCAGCUUUGGGGAGGGUUGAAGUGUUACAGUGGUUAAGUGUGCAGUCCAAGUGUCAAAGUGUUCUUUUACGCGGCUGUGCUCACUCCGGGAAUGUGAUGCCUUGUUACCCGACAGUGCGCGCUUAUGAACGGCUUGACAAGGACGUCGGAGCGGUAUGAUCUGUCGCUCGGAUCGGAUCUCGAACUUUGACAGGAUGAGAAAAUGUGAAGCGGAAUUGCAUGGCCCUGGUAGACGUCGCGCCGAUGAGCUUGCUUCUCAUCGUCUUCCUCGUUUUGGUCUCGGGAUUUGGGAGUAAACCCAGAAAGCAGAAAUCAAAGAGAACCUUCAGGUGUAUCUGUGUUGUUUGGGGUCUAGGCAGUAAUCUGGAGUACCACAUAAACCUCGAGGGCUGGAAUUCUUUCUUAAUUCUGAGCUGUCUGAGUCUAUUUACGACUCAUGUGAAUGCUCACAGUCACCAGAGUCUAAUAGAGCUGCAAGUGGUGCUCAAGGAAAUGGCGCCCUUGUUUGACGGAUCGAAAGCGUCCUUGUAUGCACCUUUGCCGAACGUAAAAGAAUGCACUAAAAAGUUAAUGUUCUGCUACCUACUGGAGUGCAAUGUUAUGCUACAUGAGGAAAACGGCAAUAAGGAUAACUUAGAGUUUAUUGAACAACUUACAGAAGUGUACUCCGACUCCCAAAACUGCAGUAUGUGUUUAGCAUGUGAAACUCACCCACUUGCCGACUCCAGAACAUUCUCUCAAAGGAUGCAGACAUUUGUUCAGAAACUGUUAUCAGAUACAAGCAGUCAAUCAGGAGACUGUGGUUAGCACACUAAACAUACACCACAGCCAUGAUAAAAAUGUCAUCUAAAGUUUUAUAGGAGAACCAAUCCAAGCUCUUACAUAUUACUUCGGCUGCAUUUGAACAUUUCACUGAUGGGAUGAAAACCAACACCUCCAUGUCCAAAAAGAGUGAGAUGCUCCCUUCAGGUGAAAAGACAUCUUGGAAUCUUUGGAAUAUUGACAAUUGAUGAAAAAGAGCACGUGAGAUUGACUAACGGAUCAGGUCAGCAGCAGUGUUACUGUUUCGGCGAUUUGUUCGAUGCAGGGGAAACGGCUGAACCAGGGAUGGAUUAACGCACUCUCUCGCAUGCCGUAGAUAAAAAGACCUUUAUUUUUCCUGACAAAAACAAAUAAUGAAUGAACACUUGUUGAAAUGAAACCUUACUAUUGAAUUUAGUGUAAAAUGACUUAUUGUGAAUUGGCGUGCAGGAGCGUGGUCAAAAAAGGUGUGCUUCCCAGCUCUCCAUUUCCAUCCGCACCUGAUGGAAGAUUAACCCGCGUUAAAUGCACCUCCCAUACCACACGUGACCCUUGAACCAGGAGGAAACGCACCACCAAACCUCACAAACACAACACAAUCCCAAACAAACAGAUCAAAAACAGCCCCAAAUUCCAACUCCACAAAACAAUGGCAUAAUGGCUAUAACAGUUACAGUCGCUGUGCCGGUGUGUGGUGAUGAAGCAGGACCGCAGGAAUUUUCAUUCGAAGCUGUUUACUCGUCAAUCUAUGUGCCUGGUGAGAUAUGGUGGAGCUCUGCAAUUUGGGAGGACCUCAGCUUAGAGCCAAAUUAAGAGGAGCCAGUUGAGGUGGUUUGGGUGGUUGGUGCACAUUACCCUGUUCAGCUGCAUCAGGCGUGUUGCCUCGGGGCAGACCCAGGGCCUGCUGGAGAAAUCAUGUGGCAAGGUUGGACUGGGGGAAUCCACUCUGAGAAGCUGGAAUCUGUGGCCAGGGACAGAGAAGUCUGGACUGACCUUCUCAGCCUGUUGUUACCAUGACUGGGUUUGUGUCUACACAUAAACCUGACCUUAACAUCAAAUAAAAAGAAACGGCUGUGACUACAAGAAAAUCUGAAAAGUAACUAUUGACAGGAAUGUUACCGAGUGUAAUCUGCAGCAGAAUAUACUAUAUCGAAUGAUGAAUAGUCUUUACUAUUUCUUGUGUAUGUAUAAUCUAGAGGUGUCUAGAAACAUAUAAGGAAGUUCAUUAUGAUAAAUACUUUGAACUGUUAUAAUUUGAAGACAUUUGAAUUUACAGGCAUCUCUAAAGAAUUCCAAAACAGGAGUGGGUGGCUGACUUUGAAAUUGUAAAACAAGUGUUCUACUUGCAUUAAUAUUAAGGUCAGGGAGCCAUACAUUUACUCCGUUUAUAGACUAAUGCAUCUAAUAAAGCAGUUAUUCACACACUGACAUCUUUGUGAGUGAUCGCUAAUAUGUCAUUUGUUUUGUAUUUGAUACAUAUGUAUAUUUUUUUUUUACUUGCACUAAUAAAGUUAAAGGAUGUAAUCCAAUAAAGGCCA